AUACCAAACAAAAUGGGGUUUACACAUGCAGGCAGCUGAGUUUCUUUUCUCACCUCAGAAUGAAACAGUGUUUGUUUGUUCAGUCUCUUCAGUCUGUAGGAGGAUGAGGAUGAAGAUCUACAGCUGGCUGUUAGUCUUUAUCCUGGGCUGUAAUGUCAGCGCAGAGAAAAAGCAUAGAAUAAUCAGGCAGAAGGACUCCGUCACUCUGCCAUGUCCUCACCCUGUGGAGGGUAAAGUGACUUGGAGCAGAGAGAGAAACGGAAACAGAGUUGACAUACAUACAGUUGAUGGAGACAGAGACAUAAGACACAUUCAUGACCCACUGAAACGAUACAGUUCAUCAGCAGAUAAGUCACUUCACAUCAGCAGAGCUGCCGUCUCAGACGCUGGAACAUACUUCUGUAAUAAUGAAGCAGCUGUGGAGCUGACGGUGCUCCAAGGUCGUAAGGAACCAACAACAACAACAACUCCUCCACCUCUAACAAGACAAACCACAUCUGAACCUCUUCCAGCAGCAACAACUGCACCAUCCACACCUCUAGUAAACACAGGAACAUCUACAGUUUCCACCACUCAGCCAACGAUGAGUGAUCAACCUCUGACCGCCUACCGGCGACUACUUCAUGGUGUGUUGUUUGGAAUAGGUAUCGUCCUCCUCGUGCUCCUCCUCCUCCUCAUCGUCUUGUUCACUAGGAGAUACAGACAAGGAAAUGAAGGAAGACACCAUGUCUAUGAUGAUGCACUGAUGAAUGGAUUAGAGUCUCAAACUACUAAUAGUAAGACAUGAUUUUUAUUUUUAUUUUAUCUCUAUCUAAUCUAAAGUUAAACUCAGAGCAAGCAA